AUGGCGGCCGUCGCGCCGCCGCCCGCGCCCGCCCGCCCCCCCUCUCCGAUCAAACCUCUCAAAGGCGGCCUCAAAGGCGACCUCCCUCAUUGUCAGAGUCUCAAAGGCGAGGACAGGGGACCGGGGCGGCCACCCGACAAGCAAAUUUUGAGGGAUGGGACGGACCCGCUCCCGCUCUCCUCGAGCGACACGUGCAGCGAGGGCGUCAGCCCCCUCCCUCUUUUGCUGCCGCCUUGGACGUGCGAGUGCGCUGAGGCGCAGCGCGACUUGAAGGGCGAAGACUGCUUCGAUUCGCGAAGACUGGUAUGGGGGGGGGAGGAGGUGGUCGUCAUGCUCGUGGCCGACGGCCACGGAGGAGGGGAGGCCUCACGGCACUGCAGGGACCACCUGCUCGACUGCUACCUCGCCUCUGCGGCGGGCGACCCGUCUGCGCCCUCGCUGCUCCGCGCGGGCGUGGCAGCGUGCGAGCGGAUGCACGAGGAGGUGGUUGGGAUGACGACUGCGGGCUCGACGAUCACCAUCGUCGCGCUCAACCUGGCGCGGCUCGAGCUCAGCGUGUGCAAUCUCGGCGACUCCGAGGCGUGGCUCGUGCCCCGCUCCGGCAGCCCCAGCCGCCUCACCGAGGACCACCGGCUCGACUCCUCCGAGCCGGAGAGGCAGCGCGUGCGAGGGAUGGGGGGGCACCUCGCGCACGCGAAGAACCGCGCGGGCGACCCGGCGGGGCCCCUCCGCCUGUGGCCGGGCGGCGUCGCGCAGGCGCGCAGCGUGGGCGAUGCCGACGUCGGCAGGUGCGAGAACGGUAAGCCCUCGACGGGAGGGCCGAGCCUCGCUGUACACUCCUCUCUCCUGUACAAUCGCCGUACGUACUAGGGCCCGGCGCUGUCGAGCCGUGUCGCGUCUGAGCGUGUGAUAUUUGUGGCACCGCCCCCCCUGGGAGAUGAUCCGAGCGGAGAUGAUAGGAGCUGCACGACAAGUGUUUGUGAGAGCCCGGGGGCGGCGUGUGGUCAGUUGUGGGUGUAUUGUGCUUCCGGCACCAACUUGAUUCGUAGAUGGG